AUGGGGUUUAACCUUCUUGGCUCCAAGAGAGCUUACAACUGGUAUAUUUCUCUUGUCGCGGCCUCUUGCAUGGUGCUCUACGGUUACGAUGCCUCUGUGUACAACUCUGUUCAAGGUUCAGAAAACUGGGUCCAAUACUUUGAUGAGCCCGAUGCAAACAUGAUCGGUGCCGUCAACACAGCCUAUACAGUAGGUGCUAUUUUCGGUGGUUUCUUCCUCGGCGGGCCGUGUGCCGACUUCCUGGGCCGUAAAUUCGGCAUGGCCAUUGGUUGUGUCCUUGUUGUCGCGUCUACCUUUAUGCAGACUUGGUCGCCUCGGCACAAUAUCGCAUGUUUCAUUGCUGGACGAACCAUUAUCGGUGUUGGACAGGGCAUCGCAUUGACGUCCGGCCCAAUUUAUAUCGGUGAACUCGCCCCUCCAGAGAUCCGUGGUAAGAUCAUGACAUUCUGGCAAAUGUUCUACUCUGUCGGCUCGUUCAUUUGCUUCUGGGUGAACUAUGGGUGCACAAACAACAAGGAAAAGCUGGGCGAGUGGGACUGGAAGAUGGUCGUGAUCUUCCAGCUUCUCGUUCCGAUUCUUAUUCUCAUUCUGCUGCCGACCAUCCCUGGCAGUCCACGAUGGUACAUCCAGCGCGGCAACAAUAUUGAGAAAGCCCGCGAGGCCCUUUUGAGGGUACGAAAUACCCAGGAGGAGGCCGAGGAUGAGCUCCUGAGAAUUCGCGAGGCGAUCGAGUACGAAAGGGAAGCAAUUUCCAGCAACUACUCUGCGCUCUGGAAGGAUAGAUCGCUUCGCAAGCGUAUGAUCCUUGCCCUGAUCAUGAAUGCUGGCCAGCAAGUUACGGGCCAGGGAAGUCUGAACUCCUACUCGACCAAGAUCUACCAGAGUGUCUUUCCUAGCAGCAGCCAGAUUGCCCUCAUCAAUGCUCUGAAUGCGACAUUUGGGAUCAUUUUCACGCUCAACGCCGUGUGGAUCAUUGAUCGAUUUGGGCGUAAGGUGCUCCUUAUUGUCGGUGGCAUCGGCAUGGGCAUCUGCAUGAUUAUCGUUGCUGCAGUCGAAACCGAAACACCAUCACCAAAUGACACAAAAACUCAGCCUGUUGGCAUAUCAAUUGUGUUUUUACUCUUCCUGUUCAUAUUCUUCUACAAACCUUCCUGGGGCGCGACAGUAUGGAUCUGGACAUCCGAGAUCUUCUCCAUGAACGUCCGAGCCCAAGCCGUGGGCAUGGCCUCGCAGACCCAGAACGUCGCCAACGCCAUCUUCCAGCAAUUCUUCCCUAUAUUCCUAGACAACUGCGGCUUUUACGCGUUCUACAUGUUUGCGGGGGUUAAUUUCCUUCUGGCGGUCUUUGUUUUCUUCUUCAUUCCCGAAACCAAGCAGGUUCCGCUGGAAGAAAUCGAUGCUCUGUUUGGUGGCGCUAACCACGUUACCCGCGGCGAAGAGCUGAUCGGGUCUGAGAAGCAUCAGGUGGUACACAAAGAUUAG